AUGGAACAACCUGAACACCGAGCAACUUUCACCCUCCAUUCUCGCGAGUAUCGACUCCCUCAAUGCCCGACGGUCGUCGUAUGUAUCGACGGCUUCGACCCAGAGUAUCUUCAAUCCGGACUCGACAGGGGCCUACUCCCCAUAUUCGCCAACUUCAUGAAGAACGGAUUUCGUGCAACCGAAAUGAGCUGCAUGCCCUCAUUCACCAACCCCAACAAUGUUUCAAUCAUCACAGUUGCACUCCCAAGUAUCCACGGCAUCGCAGGAAACUUCUUCCUAGACCGCUCGACCGGCAAAGAGACCAUGAUCUGCGACGACUCAUUACUCCGCGGAUCCACGCUGCCCAAGCAGAUGUCGCAGUGUGGAGUGCGCGUAGCAGCUGUAACGGCCAAGGAUAAGGUGCGCAAGAUCCUCGCCCACGGGCUAAAAGGUGACGCCGUUUGUUUCUCGGCGGAGAGGGCUGCCGAAUGCACCCUGGCGGAAAACGGGAUCACAGACAUCGAGCAAUGGGUUGGACGACCUGCUCCCAGUCAAUACUCUGCCGACCUGUCCCUGUAUGUACUGGAUGCAGGCAUUAAGCUGUUGCAGGAGGACAAGUCUGACUUUCUCUACCUCACGCUGUCUGAUUAUGUGCAACACAAGCACGGCCCUAGCAGUCCGGAGGCGGAUGACUUUAUGAACGCCAUUGACGAAGGACUGGCAAAGCUGGCUGCGAUGGCGAUUGUUGGCGUGACUGGUGACCACAGAAUGAGUCGCAAGUCCAACGAUGCGGGAGAGCCCAAUGUAUUGUUCAUCGAAGAUGUGUUAAACGCAAAGUUUGGUGAGAAUGCAGCACGGGUGAUCUGUCCUAUAACGGACCCGUUCGUGCGUCAUCAUGGGGCUCUUGGGUCAUUUGUGCGCGUCUAUCUCAGGGAUCAGACCCUGUUGGAACCGGCGCUUGCUUUCUGCCAGGCCUUGCCAGAAACCAAGGUUGCUCUUAGCGGAAAGGAUGCGGCGCAAAGGUACGCUAUGCCCUUGGAACGGGAGGGAGACAUUGUGGUCAUUUCGACGUCGUCGACGGUCCUUGGGAGUUGUAGGUCGGAUCAUGACCUGUCCAGUGUAAUGGACUUUCCCCUGCGAUCUCAUGGUGGAUUGAGCGAGCAGGCGCUUCCGGUGAUCAUGUCAAAGGCUGUUAACAAUUUGCAGGCCGCAAGGCCGAGAAACUGGAACAACUACGACGUCUUUGAUUUGGUGUUGAAUUGGGCGGUAUGA